GUCAUCAGUCCUGAAACUGGAGAGAUUCUCGGUCCAAACCAGGAUGGAGAAAUCUGUGUGAAGGGUCCCUUGGUUAUGAUGGGUGAGAAUUUUAUCACAUGGAAAUCAUAGAUGGCUUGAUAAGUGCACUGUUGUUGAUGCAGUUAAACCUCGUUGAGAAAUUUUUAUUGGCACUACCUCUUCCCCAGCCCUCUUUCAUACUGUCGCCCUUGGCCUUAGGGAGGAGGGGUGGGCUGCUCGUCGGGAAUGAAAGAAAAGAACAUGGGAACGAUGUAGCAACGUCAGCCAUUUCUAAGACUGACAAAAUUUCCAGCACUUUAUUGUCUUUAAAAAGUGCUAGUUAUCUUUAUCAUAAUUUUUUAACUAGUAAAGAAACGCUUUAGUGAUCAGUAACUGUUGAUUAACUUGCUCGUGGCUGCUGUGGAAGGCGGUGUGUGAAAGGCCGAGAUUAUUUUCUUCGCUUAGCGUGCAGAACAAGCAAAAAUCUUUUGUUUCUCAGUCUAUCGGAGGCAGUGAAAGCACAAAAAAAAUUCUGUCUGUUCUGUAGGCUCAACUGGGUGGAAUUUUCUUUCAGGAUAUACAAAAAACCCAGAGGCCACUGCAAAGACAAUUGACAGUGAUGGAUGGCUUCACACAGGAGAUAUUGGACAUUAUGAUGAGGAUGAACACUUCUUUAUCGUCGAUAGAAUAAAGGAACUUAUAAAAUACAAGGGAUUUCAGGCAAGUUCUGCAACUCAUAAGAAAAAGCUGGCGCUUAUUAAUAUUAAUUUAUUCUUUAUAUGAAAUUCCAAUGGGUUAAGUAACGUAAAUCAGGUUAUUAAUUAGAUCUAUUUUGUCUUCCGCACCGCACUCCAGGUUCCGCCGGCCGAGCUUGAAGCUUUAUUGAUUUCCCAUCCAAACGUUGACGACGUGGCUGUCAUCGGCGUCCCCGAUCUCGAAGCCGGAGAGCUCCCGAAGGCUUUCGUGGUUCGUCGUGGUUCUGUGACAUCAGAGGAGAUAAUGGAAUUUGUGGCUAAAAGAGUGAUACCACAGAAAAAGCUCAGGGGUGGUGUGGAGUUUAUUGAUCAGAUACCAAAAUCACCUAGUGGAAAGAUACUACGUCGGGUGCUAAGAAAUCGCGAGACAGAACGGCUCAACACAGCAAAGUUAUGA